AUGCGGAAGAUGGCUAGCAAACGGCUACAACUUCAGAGGGCAGCAGACGAGGCGGCUCAGGCAGCUAUUACACCGGCGGCAGUCGGUACAGCUCCCCCACGGCCGCCUCCGACAGUGAAGCCCCAGCGCACUGGGGUGCCCAUUCAGCCCGUUUACACUGCCAUCCUCACUGGACGGCGUCUGUGGCCCUCACGCAAGCCACCGGUAAAGACCGAAAGCCCCAGCUCGGGCGGUUAUCACGUCCUACAAGAUUCGGAGCCGGAGCUGGAGCGGAAUAGUGCGGGGUCCGCUCAAGCUCCUCGCACAGACGUUUGCACUGACGACCCUCCGAUUACACCGAAGCUUCACCUAAAAAUGGCUCCGAACGUCACGCUGGCCGGUCCUCACCUAUUGUCAGAUGAUCGACUCCGUCAACAAGACUCUAAACAAAGAGGGAUAGCUCCCAAGAUCUAA